AUGCCGGAAAGACUGCUCGCAGGUGCACAGGUGGAAAAGGCGGCUGCGUCAGCUGCAGGCCACGUUGACGAUGAGACAGAAGGAGAAGGUCUAGAAAGCAAGGCGGCAAAACUGCAUGCUCUUCGGGUGGCGUCGAGAGCUCCGAGGCGACGGGACUGGGUCGAGCGGAGGGUGAGACAAGUAGCGGCAGUGAACGGAUGA